UCGAAAACGCGCGUGUUACAAUUACGGCGACGGCGCUUUUUAGUCAUAGAAAUUCACAUAUCCGUACACGACCGGGCCAAUGAUGGAACGCGCUCUCUAUGCACAGCCAUGGAUAUGCACAUUUCUGGCAUAACCAUAAGUGUUUAUUUGGAGAACUAUGCACGUCAAGUAUGCUUAUAAUUCAGUCCGACCAAGUAGCAAACAGCCUGAAAAUAGACAAUGGUUUUGCCAUUGGCUAAAUUGCAGUAUAUUAGAAUAAGCGACAGUAAAGAAGACUGCCAAAUACAAGGAAUAAUGGCACGGAAUACAGACUAUGAGAAACAGGAUAAUAGAAACAACUUCGAAAGUGGAUCUGGAAACUCCUCACCGAUUCAACGAUUAUCGCCUGUGAUGCAAAACACUCCACAACUUCUCUCUCCUCCAGCAAACCCAAAUCAGCAACGCCAAAGGAGUCAACGUCAUUUACGAAACCAACAGCUAUAUCAAUCUCUUUCUGUUGACGAAAAAUCACCAACUUUACCAAAAAAGUCAAGUUUUGGAAAUUUUUUGGAUGUUCCGACCUCCCCAAGGGAGCCACUUUCCCUGCAAUCUGCCUCGAUAUCGACAGACGAAGGAAUUGUAACCGAUGAGCUGGCACCACACCAAACUCAGUGUUACCAAAAUGAUCGACAGCCAAUUGAGGCCCCAGAGUAUUCAACAACAAUGGGUUUGCCAGGUGUCUUCUGCGCCUGCUGUUAUAAUCACACCGUACGACAGUUCUUCAGAUCAGCAGCGCCGGCAGCAAUACCUGUAACUACGUUCUUUGAAGAAAAACCCCGCAAACUUUGUCGCAUAAAGUCAGAAGACGUUCCUCGUCGGCGACCUCCGCUUUCAAACGGUUGGCAACAACAGCAAACGAUACAAACGGAUGAUAUUCAACGACAACAACAUCAAAGAAUGACAUUCGAGGGGCGUGGCCAUAGUAUCAGUGACGCUCAAGUUCGUUACAGGCCGGAAUCUAAGGAAUUUAUUGGAAUUAAACAAUACAAGCACAGAAGAAAACUGCCUCGCAUUCCAAAUGUGGACUCCUUCGACGGACGAUUACCAGAAGACGCGGCGCCACCUCAGAGACAAAUCAGUAAGGUAAACUCUUCAGAUAGAGAAAUAAAUAAGAAGGAAGCACCAAAGCCUCGUUUGCAAAGACAACGUCGACAAUGUGUUGAUUCGUUUGACGACUGCAACACCGAAGCUUUAAAUAAAAGCCCGACACCAAGUGUACGGUUUCGAAAAAACAGCUUGUCUCCAACGCUGGACAGAAAAACACGGAAAGGCAGAGUAAACUCGGAAGAACGCGACACUAAUCCCUGUCAAUCUAAAGACAAGCCACAAACCAAGCCGAAAAGCAGUAAUACACUUUCGCCAGGAGGCGUUCAAACGUAUGCCUACCUUAACGGCAGUAACGUUUCCAGUUCAUACAUGGCCAAUCACCGCGCAAAAAGCAUGGACUGUGAAAGAAGAGUGCCAAUAGCUCAAGCUACGCCUUUACAAUCCAAAUCCUUCGAAGAACGCCGAAAUUAUGACGUCAUUAAUUUAGAAAAUUACGAAAAUGAUAGUGACAUACGACGUUCGAGUUCGUCUACGCAGGUCACCACACUGGCAGAUGAUAAAAACACCACUUCCAGUAAUGAAACUUUCAGUAAUAAAAAUACAACCAAGCCACAACGUUCAAUCGCAGAAAGACUAAUGUUAAUCGGACCGACUGAUCAACGAAGGGUACAGGGCAUAGUGCAAGAUGUUCUGGUAGAAAUGGGCGAAGAAAGAAUUCUGCAAUACAAAAGUGCUUUUGCCAAGUUCGAUAAGGACUCCAGUGGAAUUAUUAGUUCAAAACAAUUACGAAGAUUACUUCGAACCCUAGGACACAAUCCAGGAGACGACGAACUUCGGGAACUUGUCAAUCAAGUUGACAUGGAUGAGAAUGGAAAGAUUGAUUUCAACGAGUUCAUCAUUAUGAUAGGACAUUUCGACAAAUCCAACAACACUUCAGAAGACUUGAGCCAUAUUUUUCGCGUAUAUGAUGAAAGUACCGGAGGAAGCAUUAAUGUUGGUGAACUCCGUACAAUCUGUUCAGAAUAUCUUGUUGAAUCGGUGCCUUUGGAAAACAUUAACGAAAUGAUCGAUUUUAUUGACCGUGAUGGAGAUGGGGAAAUCAACCGCGAUGAACUUUGUCGAGUCUGGAGUAACCGAUGGUGACCGAACAAUU